CCCCGCUAUAACCGCGCAUGCGCGGCCGCCCCCUCACAGCCGGUCCAACAUGGCGGCGGUGCGGGCGCUGCGCGGGGCCGUGAACGGCGCCGGGCCCGGCGGGCCCCGCGAGCAGGCGGCGGCGCUGACCCGCGAUUUCCUGUCCCAGCCGCGCCUCACUUACAAAACCGUGUCGGGUGUGAACGGGCCCCUGGUCAUCCUGGACCAGGUCAAGUUCCCCAGGUACGCUGAGAUCGUGCACCUGACCCUGCCCGACGGCACCCGGCGCAGCGGGCAGGUCCUGGAGGUCAGCGGCUCCAAGGCUGUGGUUCAGGUGUUUGAGGGCACCUCAGGGAUCGAUGCCAAGAAAACCUCGUGUGAGUUCACGGGGGACAUCCUGCGCACGCCGGUCUCGGAGGACAUGCUGGGCAGAGUGUUCAAUGGAUCAGGGAAACCCAUCGACAGAGGCCCCAUUGUGUUGGCUGAGGAUUUCCUGGACAUUAUGGGCCAGCCCAUCAACCCCCAGUGUCGGAUCUACCCAGAGGAGAUGAUCCAGACUGGCAUUUCAGCCAUAGAUGGCAUGAACAGCAUUGCCAGGGGCCAGAAAAUCCCCAUUUUCUCAGCUGCUGGGCUGCCCCACAACGAGAUUGCAGCUCAGAUCUGUCGCCAGGCUGGCUUGGUGAAGAAGUCCAAGGAUGUGAUGGAUUACAGCGAGGAGAACUUUGCCAUUGUCUUUGCUGCCAUGGGGGUGAACAUGGAAACCGCUCGCUUCUUCAAGUCCGACUUCGAGGAGAACGGCUCCAUGGACAACGUGUGCCUGUUCCUGAACCUGGCCAACGACCCCACCAUCGAGCGCAUCAUCACGCCGCGCCUGGCGCUGACCACAGCCGAGUUCCUGGCGUACCAGUGCGAGAAGCACGUGCUGGUCAUCCUGACAGACAUGAGCUCCUACGCUGAGGCUCUCAGAGAGGUGUCAGCAGCCCGCGAGGAGGUGCCCGGGCGCCGAGGCUUCCCCGGGUACAUGUACACCGACCUGGCCACCAUCUACGAGCGCGCGGGGCGCGUGGAGGGCAGGAACGGCUCCAUCACGCAGAUCCCCAUCCUCACCAUGCCCAACGACGAUAUUACUCAUCCCAUCCCUGACUUGACUGGGUACAUCACCGAGGGGCAGAUCUACGUGGACAGGCAGCUGCACAACAGGCAGAUUUACCCCCCCAUCAACGUCCUGCCCUCGCUGUCCCGGCUGAUGAAGUCGGCCAUUGGCGAGGGGAUGACCAGGAAGGACCACGCCGACGUGUCCAACCAGCUGUACGCCUGCUACGCCAUCGGCAAGGACGUGCAGGCCAUGAAGGCCGUGGUGGGCGAGGAGGCGCUGACCUCGGACGAUCUGCUGUACCUGGAGUUCCUGCAGAAGUUUGAGAAGAACUUCAUCGCUCAGGGGCCCUACGAGAACCGCACCGUGUACGAGACCCUGGACAUCGGCUGGCAGCUGCUCAGGAUCUUCCCCAAGGAGAUGCUCAAGAGGAUCCCCCAGACCACGCUGGCCGAGUUCUACCCCCGGGAUGCCAAGCACUAGCCCGGCCGCCCGCGCCCUGCUUCGCCAGACGCUGGUUUGGUUUCCUUUUCCCUGUGUUAGUGUUUCCCUGUCGCCCUCCCAGCUCCAGCCAGCAGCAGGUGACAUCCGCUGAGAGCAGUUUGGAAAAUGUCCCUUCUCCCCCAGCCUGCGUCUCCAGGAGGGUGUUGAGGCCAGCUCGAAAAAUGUGCAAUAGCCACCGUGAGGUUUGGGCUUUGAAAUGAGGCUUUUGUGGGGUUUUCGUGGCCAGAAAUUGCAAAUCUUCACUUCCAAACCGUGGGUUAGAAAACACGGGAGAGGAAAUGUGACUCGCAGGAUUCCUUGGUGAAAAAUGCGAGUUUUUAACCAGGGCUGCACAUUCUGGAAGGUUUGUGUGAACUGAGGACAGGGGGGUGGCACUGGGGACUUCCCCACCAGCAAAGGUGGGAAAGUCCUUGUCCUUUCAGAGGACAAAGGCCAGUGAGGUGCUACCUGAGAGCAGCAGGAUAAAGCUCAAUUACUGAAUUACAGCUUUUAAAUUGAAGUUUGCAGAGUAAAUUCCCUCCUUCACCCUUUUUUUUUUGGUUGAAUUCUGGAGAUGCCAAACAGGACCAGCAGCUCAGCAGUGUCACCACAGCUGUUGGUGCUUGUGCUGCUGCUCCAGGGGAUCCAGAGAGGUGAAACCCACCCCAAAACCUGCCUCAGCUUUUAAACCACGGCCUGCCCUGCACCAGGCACAGGAGCUGAUAAAAAAGGCAGCUUUUAUUGUGAGAAAGGAUAUUCCAAACCUGCUCCAGGUGUGCCGGGCCGUGCCGUGGCUGGGGCUGUUGUGGUUUUGCACUCCAGGCACGGAUUUGCCUCAGCCCUGGGCUCAGCAUUCCCGCUCUGCAGCCUGGCUGGGCAAUUCCGUGUUGUUCCCUCUGCAGCGGGUUCAGCCGAGGCUGCUGCCCGCCGCCGCUGCUGCUGGCACAAUUCCACAAUUCCACGCUUCUUCCAGGCUUCCCUGUAGUCUGAGCUCUGCUCUGGCUCACCAGAGCAUGUUGCACCUCCCUGCACGCCUUCAGGCCCGUCUGGGAAGGUGCUAACAUGACUGGAAUGUGCUAAUUCCAGCUUUCCCUGACGUCCCCGUGUGUGCAGUUCUCUGGUUUGUUCCGUGUUCUCUGUGGCUGCGACAGCUCCUUGAUUCCAGUGCAUUCCACCCAAAGCUGUGCCCAGUCUCUUUUUUUCCUGAGGUCAGGAUGGGAGGGCGGAAGCGUUGGCAUGAAAAUACUUUAAUGUAGAGAAUCUCUAAAUAAAUUAAAUAUGGAAGGUGUUGAACAAA